AUGGAUAAUUUCUGUUGCUUCAGCUCUGUCAGUCAGGCGGUUGGAGGGCGUUCUUCAUGCAACUCUGGCAAAGGUAAAAGCAGUCAGUCGCCGGUCAAAUAUGGAUUUAGCCUUGUUAAAGGGAAAGCCAACCAUCCAAUGGAGGACUAUCAUGUAGCAAAAUUUGUCCAUUUCAAAGGACAAGAGCUAGGACUUUUUGCUAUAUACGAUGGACACCUCGGAGACAGUGUACCGUCGUAUCUACAAAAGUAUCUCUUUUCUAAUAUCUUGAAGGAAGACGACUUCUGGAACGAUCCAUUCAUGUCGAUCUCUAAAGCUUAUGAGUCAACAGAUCAGGCAAUUCUUUCUCACAGUCCUGAUUUGGGGCGAGGAGGAUCAACCGCCGUGACUGCAAUUCUCAUAAAUAAUCAGAAACUCUGGGUUGCCAAUGUUGGAGAUUCACGAGCAGUUCUGUCAAGGGAAGGUGUAGCUGUACAGAUGACUACCGAUCACGAACCUAAUACGGAACGCGGCAGCAUUGAGAAUAGAGGCGGCUUUGUCUCAAACAUGCCAGGAGAUGUUGCAAGAGUGAAUGGGCAACUUGCGGUUUCUCGAGCAUUUGGAGACAAAAACCUCAAAACACACCUACGAUCUGACCCCGACAUUCAGUAUGCUGAUGUUAACCAAGAUACCGAGCUUUUGAUUCUCGCUAGUGAUGGUCUAUGGAAGGUAAUGGCGAAUCAAGAAGCGGUCGAUAUCGCGAAAAGAAUAAAGGAUCCACAAAAGGCAGCUAAACAACUAGCUAGUGAGGCAUUGAACAGAGACAGUAAGGAUGAUAUUUCUUGCGUUGUAGUUCGUUUCAAGGGAUGA